CAGAGAGAACAAUAUUUGUAUGGAUAAGAUGAUUUUGAUGCUCGCUGCAGCGGCUCUGGUGGGCGUAAUGGCUGAGCCACCAGUUAGUCGCCAGAACCUUCCAGUAGAGCAAAGGAAUGAGCAGUCUCGGCCAUCAAAUCUAUAUGGUUCGCCCGCCGAAUUUGGUACACCUAGACCUAUUCAGUAUGCAGCUCCACCUACCGAAUAUGGAGUCCCUAACCAGUCUCAAAAUAGUAUUGACUUAUCUGCUGAAUUUAGUAUCCCCUCCAUUACUUCAGGCAGACUGGGAGAGGUAAAUGCGCCUUCUAACCAAUAUAAUGUUCCUGAUGCAUUUACCCGUGCACCAACACCCUCAAAUCAGUACGGCACACCCCAACGCUCCAUCAAAUUUAGUGGUUCCAGAGUGCCUUCAAGUCAGUAUGCAGCUGUUGCCAUGUCCAAACGAUUCGGUGGUGAAGCUCCUUUGACUCAAUAUGGCACUCCCAUUUCUUCAAAUCGAUUUGAAAAUCUUAACUCUCUUUCCAGACAGCAAAGUACAACUGCAGGUUCUAGCGCUUUGUCAUCCCAAUUUGAUUCCCGUGGUGAUUCGAGCCGUUUUGGUGGUGCCGGCUUUCUAUCAACUCAGUACGGUGCCCCUGGAGUAUCCAGUCGUUUCGGUGUUGCCGGCUCUCUUUCAGCUCAGUAUGAUGCUGCCAGUCGUUCUGGUGCUGCUUAUGAUUUGCGCACUCCAUACAGCGCUCCUCGUACCUCAAAUCGAAUUUCAGGUUUCAGUUCUCUAUCGACCAGACACGGUGCCAAUAGAAUUUCCGGCCGAUUUGGUGGUGCUAGCUCCUUGUCAUCUCAAUAUGGUGCCCCUGGUGCCUCAAGCCGAUUUGGGGGUACCAGUUCUCUGUCAACGCAGUAUGGUGCUCCCUCAGGUUCCAGCCGAUUCAAUGCGCCAAGCUCACAGUACGCCCCUGGAGUUGGAUACGCUGCUUCAAGAGGAUACAGUGCCCAGGAAGACGAUCUUGCUGAGCCAGCUAACUACCAGUACUCCUACGAAGUUCAGGACGCGGAGAGUGGGAGCGAAUUUAGUCAAGAGGAAAGUCGCCAGGACGAAAGUGCUCAAGGCUCCUACCGAGUACUCCUGCCCGACGGCCGGCUGCAGAUCGUGGAAUACGAGGCUGACCAGGAAGGAUACAGACCACAGAUCCGCUACGAGGACACUGGUGCCGGAUAUUCCAGUGGACCUCAGCAGAGGGGAAGAGGACAGAACCAGGGACCCUAUUAAAUUCUUACUCGUUCAGUGAUGACCAAUUCAUCCUGAAUGAAACCCGCCUUUCUAUAUGUAUAUAGUAAAUAUGUUAUUAUCAUAAGGAACACAUUCCAAACAGCAUAUAUUAUAUAUAAAUUAUUUUUCAUUAAUAAAAUAUAUUUAAAUGUA